GUCAGCAGUCAUCCAUCAGUUACGUGUUUUGUUGUGCCGCAUGAAAUUUCAAGAUCGUAUUCAAUAAUUUCUAAAUACUAGAUGAAAAUGUGUGUUUCUCUUAUUAAUACAGAUUGUGAACUACGUGUCAGUUCAGUGUUAGAUAAGAACCAAAAAGAAUAUGGAAAGAAAAAUAUGAUUGAUAACUGUGAAGAAACAUGCUGGAACUCUGCACAAGGGUCUCCUCAGUGGAUAGAGCUAAGGUUUUCCAAGCCUACAUCUAUAGCUGAAUUACAUAUUCAAUUUCAAGGUGGCUUUGCUGGAAAAAAUUGUUGGGUUGAAGUUAAAAAAGAGGAUAAAAUGGAAAAACUUCAUUCACUUUAUCCAUCGGACAAUAAUUCUUUGCAAAUAUCCUUUAUCAUAUAUUUUGCUUGAAAAGAAAGUAUCAAAAUAAGUUCAAAAAUCAAACUUUGCUGAUUGAUUUUAGAAAAUAUAUUUUUAAUUAAUGUACACAAUGUAUUUACAGUACUUAGUAUUUUCGUUGGACAGUGAACUUCUUGAGUAUUCUGGCAAACUAAAACUUAGUUCAUAUUAUCUUAAGCUCAAGUUGAUUCUUGAUUAACGUUAUUUUAGGAAAAUUAUGUAUGCUGAAAAUUUUUUAUGGCCAAAUUCUAUA